CCCACUGAUCCUAAUAUGGAAUGCAGCAGGAAACCCAUGAUUUCCUGACACUCGGCAAGCUGGAGGAAGCAAGGAAAAACUCCAUUAAAAAAGCCCAGCUUUCCUCCAUGUUAGAUGUGAAGUGGGAAAUGGGGAAGAUUUAGCAAAAUUCCACAGUGUCUUCAGUCAGACUUGGAGAACAGGGGACCAGAGUAAAACCCUCCAGCUGUUGAAAUUUCUAGACUCCCAGGAAACCCCUAGAAUUCAGUGAAGAUGAGGAUUUCUUAACUUGAACUGCUGGGGAAAGGGACAGAUGCUUUUAAUCACUCUCCCCAGUGCGUUACCUGUCCCGAUCAGUAUGGUAAGUGAGAGGGCAUGUGCCAGCCACCUCGGACGAGUCCGCAGGAUCCCAGCCACCCAAAGUAAGGCAGAGUGAUCUCAAGCCUGCCGCGGGCUUCAUGGGCUUUGGAAGAAGCGGGAGAAGCAACAACCACAGCACAGGCGGAGCAGCUGGAGCCGCGAGCAUGAACUGCCAGGAGGGAAAUGAGAGCAGCUGCGGCUGCGGUGGCCACGAGGAGAAAAAGAUGCUCAAGUGCGUGGUGGUGGGGGACGGCGCCGUGGGCAAGACCUGCCUGCUGAUGAGCUACGCCAACGACGCCUUCCCCGAGGAAUACGUGCCCACUGUGUUCGAUCACUACGCAGUUACUGUGACAGUGGGAGGCAAGCAACACUUGCUCGGACUGUAUGACACCGCAGGACAGGAGGAUUACAACCAGCUGAGGCCGCUCUCCUACCCCAACACUGAUGUGUUUUUGAUCUGCUUCUCUGUCGUAAACCCUGCCUCUUAUCACAACGUCCAGGAGGAGUGGGUCCCUGAGCUGAAGGAAUGCAUGCCUCACGUGCCUUACGUCCUCAUAGGGACCCAGAUUGAUCUCCGAGAUGACCCCAAAACUUUGGCCCGUUUGCUAUAUAUGAAGGAGAAACCUCUCACUUACGAGCAUGGUGUGAAGCUUGCAAAAGCGAUUGGAGCACAGUGCUACCUGGAAUGCUCGGCCCUGACCCAGAAAGGUCUCAAAGCAGUUUUUGAUGAAGCAAUCCUCACCAUUUUCCAUCCCAAGAAAAAGAAGAAACACUGCUCCCAGUGUCUCAGCUGCUGUUCCAUUAUCUGAGGUGGCUGGAGACCCACCGCCACCCCACAGAGGCCAGAAGCAUCCACGUUGCACACUCCAUGAGAAUGCUGAGCCCAGAUCCCAGCCAGUGCCACUGCUGACCACAUGGGAAACAAAAUCAAGGCCAUCUUGAGUUUUCCAUCAUCCCCUCCAAGAACAUGAAACUGAUAGGAAAUCAUCACAGGAAAACUGAAAAAAAAAAAGAACUUGGUUCUUGUAUUGGUGGCCUUACGUGAUGUCUUUUACAAAACAUGAGAAUAUGACACUAACCUUUUUUUUUCUUGAAUCUGCUGUUCUACUAUGUGUCUUAUAUUAAUUUGUAUUAUUUUAAGAAAUUUACUAAUAUACCAGUUUACUCAGGCCUUAUAAAACCACACCAAACUAUCUUAAAGAAAAAGGUUUUUAUGUUCAUUCCUAUUUUCAGCAUGUUUCUACCAAAGCUAUUAAAACCAACAUGUACCUCUGAAUGCCUGACUGUAAGAAGAUACAAGGAAAUGUUGAAACUUUUGGAAAUAUACGAAGCCGUAAUUUCUGAACCCAAAUGAAAGAAACACCAUCUGAAUUGUUGCAGGUCCACACUUAUUGCCUAAGAUUCACCUCCCAGAAAUGCUUACGUUGAUUGGUCACUUUAUUUUUUCCACAUUAUAUUGUCAUUGUUGUUGUUUAGUCGCUAAGUCAGGUCUGACUCUUUGCAACCCUAUG